CGAGGAUGUGAAAGCAAAGCGAAGGCAGUCAUCGGACAGGGAAGACGCAAGCAAACACGCGUGCGACACAUUUUUUAUCCUAAAAACUAAACGAACAAACAAACAAAACAAAAAAAAACCGCAACAGCAAAACUAAGCCAGAACAGCGCGGAACAGUCACGACAAAGAAGAAGAGAGAAGCCCGCUUUUUUUUCUCCUAUUUUCUUUUCACGGACAACAGCAAUUAAGCCUUUUCGCCCGCCAUUUAGUUUGUCAUCAUCACGUCGUCAAAGUGAAAACAAGCUAGCUCGAGGAAGUCGGCGGUUUUCUUUUUUAUUUGUUUGUUUGUUUUUCCUCGUGAGUUCCUCUCAAGUGUAUGUCACUUGAAACCAUUAGUUGCUAAGAAUAGUGUUCCUCUGGGCUUAAUUCUUUAUUUAUCGUAAAGACACAACUUGUAGUAUCCGAGGAGGAGGCACAAAGGAAAGAAGAGCAUCCACCGUACGAGAGGAAGGGACACACACGAACACGCUCACACAGAGGACGACGACCAGACGAGCAUCACUCUUUUUUGGCUGUGUGACAAGCUUCACCUGCGAGAGGCAUCCCCACGGCCGCUUUCUCCACGGGAAAAAAAAAAGAUCCGGCAAGUGCCAACCACUCCUCCACUUUGGGGGGGAUACCUGCCUCUCAAUUGUUUGGUCCUCGGCCACCGCGCCCCCCUCCCACAACCCCCGCCCCGAUGAAGGAAGCCGACGCCAUCAAGCUAUUUGUGGGCCAGAUUCCCCGCAACCUGGAGGAGAAGGACCUCAAGCCCAUUUUUGAGCAGUUUGGCAAAAUCUACGAGCUCACCGUCAUCAAGGACAAAUACACCGGCAUGCACAAAGGAUGUGCAUUUCUGACGUACUGUGCGAGGGAGUCUGCGCUGAAAGCCCAGAGCGCCCUUCACGAGCAGAAAACACUACCGGGGAUGAAUCGGCCGAUCCAGGUGAAACCAGCCGACAGUGAGGGGAGAGGAGAGGACAGGAAGUUGUUUGUGGGCAUGCUGGGAAAGCAACAGAGCGACGAGGACGUUCGAAGGCUGUUUGAGCCCUUUGGCAGCAUCGACGAGUGCACCGUGUUGAGAGGACCUGACGGCACCAGCAAAGGGUGCGCAUUUGUCAAAUUCCAGGGACACGCCGAAGCCCAGGCUGCGAUCAAUAGCCUGCACGGGAGUCGCACAAUGCCUGGGGCGUCGUCCAGUCUGGUGGUGAAGUUCGCCGACACGGAGAAGGAGCGGGGGCUGAGGAGGAUGCAGCAAGUGGCCUCCCAGCUGGGCAUCUUCAGCCCCAUGACCCUCAACUUCCCCGCCUACAACGCCUACACGCAGGCGGUCAACGCUCAGCUCGUCCAACAGCAGGCUCUGGUCGCCCAGUCGGCGUACUUGUCCCCCGUGGCGACAGUCGCCGCCGUACAGAUGCAGCAGAUGGCGGCACUCAAUGCCAACGGAAUCAUCGCCACGCCCAUCACGCCCAUCACGCCGUCCUCCGGGACGAACACUCCACCGACUAUCGCAGCUACCCCCGUGCCAGCUCUCCCCCCGCCAAUCGGAGUGAAUGGUUACGGCAGCGUGCCCGCGCCAACCAACGGACAGCAAGGCACCGAGACAUUAUACACCAACGGCGUUCACACAUAUCAAGCUCAAACUCCAGCAGCUUUGGACCCGCUCCAGCAGGCCUAUGCCGGCAUGCAGCACUACACAGUAGCGGCGUACCCCGCCGCCUACGGAUUGGUCGGCCAGCCGUUCCCCCAGCAGCCGACGCUGGUUGCCCAGCAACACCAGCAGCCCCAGCAACAGCAGCAAAGAGAAGGUCCGGAGGGCUGCAACAUCUUCAUCUACCACUUGCCUCAGGAGUUCAGUGAUUCCGAAAUGCUGCAGAUGUUUUUGCCCUUUGGCAAUGUUAUUUCGGCCAAGGUUUUUGUUGACCGGGCCACCAACCAGAGCAAAUGUUUUGGAUUUGUGAGUUUCGACAACCCGGCCAGCGCUCAGGCCGCCAUCCAGGCGAUGAACGGCUUCCAGAUUGGCAUGAAGAGACUGAAAGUGCAGCUCAAGAGGCCCAAGGAUGCUAACCGCCCGUACUGAGUGACAGACGGAGGAUGAAUACAGAAAUGAAGAUGACCUUUCCGAGCCGAGGUGGAAAUUCCAGAGCGCUUUUUCCUCUGUGCAUUGGAGGAGUGCUUUUCCGUGCUUGCGCUGAUACACACGCACGCGCGCGCACACACACACACACACGCACACACACACAAGCAACCUCCAAGACCGCCGACAAGUGUACAUACUACAAACACACUCCACGUAGAGCCGAGAGCGCCAUCUAGUCGCCGACAGGGUGUUUUAGUCCAGUGCGAGCCUGACGUAUGUGGACAGUUUACUUUAAAAAAAAAAGUGCUGAUAUAUCACUUCCAUAGACAUUUCUAUACAUCUCUAUUACCUGACAAAUAUAGAGGGGCUGACCGGAUGACGGUGUUUUCAUUUCAGUACAAAAAACAAAAUGUAAAACAAGACAGAAGCAAAGAAAACACGCAGAAACGGGAGGUGUAAAUAACUUAGUCGACAAAGAACAGCAUUUAAAAACAUGAAAAAAACAUGCAAAAAGAUCUUUAGCAACUCUGAAAAAGGACACAACAUUAUUAUUAUUAUUAUUAUUAUUAUUAUUAUUAUUAUUAUUAUUAUUAUUAUUGUCAUUGUUAUUGUUAUUAUGACCACGAAUAACAUUAUCAUCUUCGUCAAAAGGGAUUAUCACAUUCCAAAUUGUACAAUGGGAAAAUCACUAACCUAUUUUAAAUUUCUACGUAGAUUUUAGGUGAACAACACAGGGAGGGGGAGGGGGGUUGGUCGCACUUUUAUUCGGGAGGUUUUAAUAUUUGAGCUAUUUUUUAUUUAUUUAUCUAAUUAUUUUGUUUAUCGGGGGGAAAGAAAAGGGGACUGGAGUGGGUUGCAAUAUUUUCAUUUUAGAAUUUUUCUAGAGAAAACAAAACAAAAAAACAAAACGUUCCGAGGGCCUGUUUGUGUCAGACUCUCGCAAUGGCGUAAUUAUAAUGUAUUAUUAAUGACAACAACGAUUAUAUUUAUUUCUAAUUUAUUGAACCCUGUUUUUGAUUCGCUCUCUUUUUAAGUUAAAAUAAAAAGUAUCCUACUA